AUGGAAAGCGAACAAAUUAGAAGCGAUCGAUACGGACGGUAUCGAGUGGCGGCCGGCGACGGGAAUUGCUUGUUUCGUUCUAUCGCCGUGGGAUUGCACGGUAACGACCGGCAACAUUUCCAGGUAAGAUCGAACGCGGUCGCGGCGGCGGAAAACAAUUGGAACGAUCUAGCGGUUUGGACCGAUUUUACAAAUUUUGAUGAUUACAAAAAUGUCAUGUCAAAAAACGGCGAAUGGGGUUCCGCCAUGGAAGUUUUCGCACUUUCUUCGUUUUAUAAUAGGAGGUUUUUGAUCAUCGAAAAUGGAAAAAUUCUCUUAGAUCAGGGAAGAAUGGACGAUACCAAUCCGAUUUUGUUAAGAUACAGUGGACACAAUCAUUACGAUUGUUAUAUCGAAAUGCGGCGCAAUUUCGAUUUGUCUAGGUCAGGUGUGGAGGUCAUGGACACUUUUGUCCGGGAUUCCGUCGUCGAGAACGUAAGGGAAUCGGAGCCGUCUGUCGUUGGCAAAGAAUCGGUUGAAAUUUGCGUCAAUCCUACCAAGAGUCCUUUGGAGGAGACGAUCACGAUGUCAAAACAACACAACGAGGAGAAAGACGACGACGACGAAGACGAUUUGGAUUAUAUCGCGGAAUCGGUGGCGGAAGCUUCGAGGCCGGUCAUCCGCGGUAGAGUGGGUCGCGCUUGGCACCCUCUACCUCCGUUCCUCUCGCACAAGCGAGAGUGGCGUAUUCGAAACGAGAGAAUCAACAAUUUUUAUCAAAAUGCCGUAUAUCACGAGGACGUUGAUUUUGAUUUAAUCGAAACUCAUUAUCUAGGAAGGGAAAGGUGGUUUUGUCCAUUUUGCGGGGCUGCUUUUUGGUUUUCCGAAUUGUAUCGAAAAACGGGUCGAAGCGAGUUAUGUUGUUCUUCCGGUCGUAAUGUCUUGGGCGAAGACGCGUUCUUUAAGAAACCGGUCGAUUUGAACCUUCUCAAAUUGUACGCCGGAGGAAAAUUGAACGUAGACGAGUAUGAAUUAAUGCGGCAUUUUGGAAAAUUUUCCAGGGCUUAUAAUAGCAUUUUCGCUAUGGCCCAUCCCAGGGGCAAUUACGCCGGUCUAGGGAUGUACGGAUCGGGCCGUCCGGCUACAUCGACCGCGGUAAUCAAUCGUCAAGUGAGGUUUAUGGCGGAUUCGCAUCGAACAGGAAAUCGUCGUUUUAACGAGGCGCAUCUUUAUUUCAUUGACGUAUCGGAAAACACGGCCAAUUUGCGAAGGUCUUUUUCCACCGUUUCGGGACAAUUAUCCGAGGACGUUGUCGAUUCAUUCGAAUCGGAGGAGGUCGAAAACGCCGCCGUCAAUAACAGGGAAGUUAGGGAAAUUGUUUUCUGCGUUAAUCCGCGGAUCAAGGACGAACGAAACGGUCCACGUAAAGCGGGAUACCACCGUAGGGGGAUAUCCGAAGCCGCGGCUCGCAUCUCGGGACUUCAAUUUCCGAGAAACGAAACGAUCGCGGGUAUUUACAUCGGGGACAGGCCCCCUUGCUACUACGACGUGGAGUUUGUUCCAAGACCGUUGGAGGAGGACGCGGCUUUGCCGUAUAGAGAGAUUUCCGUUAUCACGGCCACACUAGAUCUAAUGUUGUAUCCUUUGGUUCAUUUGCACGCGGAGAGUUCUUGGAACGAAUCCGCCGACAAGGUCAACACGUUGAGACAAUAUUACAGAUUUCGGUUGUUAUCGGAUAUUCCGAGGACAAAGGGCGGUCGUUAUUGGAAUGUCUUGGAUUUGGUAGGUAAAUUGCGUUUACAAUACAUCAUCGACGCCGACGUCAAAAUCGAGUACAACGACGUUUCUUGGGCGGAAAAAAAUCAAAAGGUAUUACGAUCCGAUACCUACGAUAGUUUGAAAAGGUUCUUGGAAAUGCGGACGGCGGAAAUAAAUGAGGGAAAUGAAGGUCUAGCUCGCGUACGUCCCGGUCGCAUCAUCAUCUUACCGACUACGAUUCCCGGUACCAGGCGGUACUACCACAACGGUUAUCUAGACAGUUUGGCUUUGUGCGCGAAAUUGAGAAGAGUUCCCACUUACCUUGUCACGUUCACGUCAAACAAAAAUUGGCAAGAGGUAAUCGACGAGAUGAACCGCCGCGACAAAUCCGUGUCCGACAUAGGAAACUUUCCGGAGGUUUUGUGUCGCGUAUUCGAACAAAAAUUGAAUGCCUUGAUGCGAGAUUUGACCGAGCGUCAAAUCUUAGGGAAAAUCGAAGGAUACGUUGUCAGGGUAGAAUUCCAAAAACGCGGCGCUCCGCACGCGCAUAUCCUUCUCUAUUUGUCCAGAGAAGACGUUCCCGUUUCGGGAGAGGAUGUGGAUAGGGUCAUUUAUGCGAGAUGGCCCGAACCUUCGGACGGUAACGGUUUCGAAUCGCUUCGUCACUUGGUCAACACGUUCAUGAUACAUAACAAGUGCGAUAUCGAACCGGAAAACGUCGAACAGGAAAUCGACGACAAUGACGAGGAGGAGGAACAAGAGGGGGAGAUAGGUGUCGAAAAUUCGAGGGUCAGAAGACCGCCUUGCUGGACCGUUGUCGAUCGAUGCCGGUGGAAAUAUCCGAAACAGCAAAUAUCGAGCACCGUUUUUAAGAUCGAGAAGCAAAUUCUUUACAGACGUCCUCCUUGUGUUUGCUUUUUUAACAGGCAACAAAAUCGUUUCGUCGGCAACGAAUUUGGAACUUUGCGUCGGAAACCCGAUCCAGCGAACAUCCAAUGCGUUGAGAUGCAAGUGAAUACGAUCGAUUGGAACGAGGCGGCGGCAUUCCUUAAAAUUAGAUAUAUCGGACCGCACGAGGCGGUCUAUCGCAUCUUGGGAAAUGGCAUAUUCCAUAUCAGUCACACAAUCGAAAAGUUGCCCGUGCAUUUGGAAGGAGAGGCUUGUGAAAUUUACAGGGAAGGGGACGAGGUGGCCGUAGUCGAAAGGGGCGAGCGUUCUAAGCUCGUCGCUUGGUUCGAAUUGAACGCGGCGGAGGAGGCGACGGGUCGGCGACGGUUCUACGUCGACAUCGUCAAAACGCACUCUUGGCGGCAAGGUCGUUGGGUCGCCAAAUCGCGACCCACCAGUUCUAUAGGUCGUAUGAGUCCGGUUUAUCCGAGUCCGGGGAAUAUGGAGCGCUACUAUCUACGAAUGAUUUUGGGCAACGUGACAGGUUUGAUUUCGUUCGUGGACGCGAAAACCGUAAACGGCGUUUUAUGUCCUUCGUAUCAGGCCGCUUGCGUAGCGUUAAAAUUGAUCCCGGACGACGACGAAGAGGCGGACAAGAUUUUAGAUUGGAUAGCGGAUCGUCUUCGUCAUCCGUUUUAUUUAAGGGAAGCGUUCGCUCUAAUUCUCUUGUACAAUCCGUCGAAGAAUCCCCGAACUUUAUUUAAGAGAUGGUGCAGGCGUAUGUCCGCGGACGUGCAUAGGAUUCAUAUCGAUUUAAUCAGAGAUAUCGACGAAGAGGGCGCGGGCGACUUAAACGAAAGGAUGCACGUGCUCCUUUACGACGAGGAGGCGGAACAACUUUUGGACGAGGAAGAGGUUACGUUCGAGGAAUUCGUUUUCGUUCCGAGACCGAAUCAAAAUUUGCAUCUGAUCGAUCUCAACGAUCAACAGCUGGGAUUCGUUUACGAGUUUUUACAGUCUGUAUGCAAUCGUAACGGUAUCGUUUUCGUUUUGACCGGCGAAGGGGGCACCAGCAAAACCGCGACCGUCAACGUUAUUUUGGAAGAGGCGGAACUUCGCGCGUUACCGUACGUAUCCGCGGCUUUUACGGGGAUCGCGGCCACGUUAAUCCGGAACGCGGCUACGAUUCAUUCUUCUUUCGGCAUUCCUAGAGAAAGAGGCGUAGACGAUACGCCGGUUUCUAAUUUGGUGGGCGAGUCGGAGGCGGACGACGAUAUUCGAAACGCGAGACUCGUCGUGUUAGACGAGGUGUUUAUGUUGGCGUCGUGGAUGUUGGAAAUGAUCGAUGCCGUGUGUCGGGAAUACGGUCAAUCGCGACGGCCGUUCGGUGGGAAAACCGUUAUUCUUAGCGGCGAUCCCAAGCAGUUGCUUCCCGUUGUCAAGGGUAGGCGAGCGGGAAUGGCGUCCGUGUUCGAGUCCAUCGUUUCGCAUCCGGCAUGGAGUACUUUUCAACUGUGCACGUUAACGGAAAACAUGCGUGUUCAUCCGCAAGAGAUGGAAUGGUCGAAUUUCAUCAGGAGAGUAGGCGACGGGGAAAGAAUCGUUUCGGACAACGGACGCGAACCGAUUUCCGAUAACUGUCUGUUCGUUCCUUCCAAAUUAAUUGUCAAAUCGCGCGAACAACUCGUCGACUUUGUUUACGGGGACGUCUUCGAAUCGAUGCUCGCUCUUCCCGGGACGAACGAGCGAUUCUUGGAAUUAGCCGAGCGAUUGGCCCUCCGGUCGAUCCUUUGUCCCGUGAACAGCGAGGUCGAGGAGUUGAACGAAAUCAUCUCAAAGAUCUUCCCCGAUUCGUCAGGAUCGGAGAGGGUCUUUUUGGCGACCAAUUCCUACGAUAGACAGAGUAACGAGGAUGGGGCCGACGAUCACGAAAUCGCCAAUCCCCUCGCGACGGGAGUCACCAGUGAAAUUAUCGAAAGUUUAGAUUUGUCGGGACUACCGCCACAUCGGUUGACUUUGAAGAUCGGUUCGGUGGUAGUCCUUUUGGUAAAUCUUAACGUGCGGAGGGGUUUUUGUAACGGACAGGGAAUGGAGAUGGGCGAUGACGUGAUAGUCGGCCGCAUCGUUUCCGGUCAAUUUCAGGGCCGUAAAUGUGUCAUUAUCAGAAAACAAUUCGUUUUAGAGGAAAAAGAAACGCCAUUGCUACCGGGCGGCGACACAUUUUAUAGAAAACAAUUUCCGAUUAAGUUGGCGCACGCAAUUACUAUCAACAAAGCGCAAGGACAGACUCUUUCGCGAGUCGGUUUGUGUCUCAACGUCCCGUGUUUUGCUCACGGUCAAUUGUACGUCGCUUUGUCCAGAGUGCGUACUUGGCAGGAUAUUCGCAUUUUUGUAAAGGAAAGUCGUAGACAGGGUCGUUUCUUUAAAGACGGUCGCAAAAAUAAUCCAGUUUUCACGCAGAAUAUCGUUUAUAGGGCGUUUUUAGAUAAAAUCUUCAAUUGA